AUGGCUGUAAUCACAGAAAAGAUCGUGAAAAAGACCUGCAGCAAGAAAGCAGAUCUGCAUGACAGACUAAAUCCCGACUGGGCACCAAGCAUAGGUCUUCGUGGAGCACAGAUCCUCGCAGUACCUGAAGAAACUCCAAGUGUAAGCCGCUAUAACAGAAUCAAGAAUCGGACUCAGCGCAGGUUGUAUUCAGAAGAGAUACGUGGAGAUGAAAUUGACAGUGUGAUAGAAGACUUCGAUGAUGUGAAUGUCAACAGCAAGUUUGUGAGUACAGGUGUGCAGACAGACAUUACAUUUAGUUUUAUCAAUGGGAUGGAAUGUGAAAUAAAUAGUCUUCGUUCUGAACUUGAAAGCAUUAAAAAGCAACAAACAGUGCUGUUCAACGAAGAAUUCUUUGUGGAGGAUGAUGAUAAAGUGAAACAACUGACUGGUAUAAACACAUAUGCUGUGUUGAUGGUAGUAUUUGAGUAUCUUGCUAACUUUUUACCAUGCAGCGAGUCACUUUCAAAGUUUGAAAUUUUCAUUAUGACACUCAUGAGAUUGAGAUUGAAUCUUUCAUCUAUGUUCAUAGCGUAUUUAUUCCAAGUGUCACCAUCGACUCAUUAUGACACUCAUGAGAUUGAGAUUGAAUCUUUCAUCUAUGUUCAUAGCGUAUUUAUUCCAAGUGUCACCAUCGACUGUGUCAAGACUUUUCUCUAG